AAUUCGGCGAAUGAUGCAUCAAUUUGUUUACAAUAUUCUUUGCCUAGCAUUAACUUUAUAUGCGUUAGUUUUCUCCAUUGCCCAUUCCAAUUUUUAUGCUUAUGUUAAGAUAUAUGUAACCUUUAGUUAUAAUUCACAGGCUUGAGACUGCACUUUUCCUGUUGGCCUGGAAGUGCAUAAAUAUUCGUUAUUUCUAUUUUAAGUCUCUGAAAAAUAGAUACAUGACUUUUUGAGGAAAACUAGGUAUAAAGCAGCGUAUGUUUUUCUUCUUGGUGCCUAUUGUAACAAGUCAUCCCAAGCAACAUUCGUCGAAAAUAAGAAGUCAUCCAAGCAACAUUCCUCGAAUGAAAGGAAGUAAGCACAUCAUCUAAUUGGCUACAUCUAACUGCUGGCAAAACCCGCAUGGCAGGCUAACUGGUUUUGGAGAUCACUUUGACUACUAUAGAAUUAGGAUGGUCGAUCGUUUCUGCCAAGACUCACUCUGACGUCAGGUCUAAUGUUUUCGGGUCUUCAAUCUGGGCAUGAUAACUAUUAUGUUUGAGAAAUCAAUAUGCUAGGGAUUAUGCACGGUGGUGGUGGUAAGGUAUAUUCAGUAGCUCCUUCGUUGCUGCAAAUAUUGGAGGGUUUUCAAAUGAGAUAUGCUAUCACAAGUUGGAAUGGUAAUUUUUAAAAGUGUAGCAUGGUGACCAUUUCUCUGACCAUCUGCCUAUAGAUUUUAUUAACUCCUCCGACUAUUCGGUUUUAAUCAGCGCAUGAACACAGGACAAACGAACUAGCAGUGGUUCCAAUUAAAGUCAAUUAAAUGGGAGCGGAGUGAGUAUUAUAGAUCUUGCAAAUGAAGUAUUCUCUGUAGAGCUACUUGAGUAUUCUGAAAAUAUUGUAGCCCUUGCCAUUUUUUCAUAGAUGUUCACGACAUAUCUGACUAAAUGGAUUCUUGUUGUGAUUGAAGCUGGGAUUCAUCCUGUAUGUACCUGCCAUCGCUUCGUCUGCUCCUCUCAUCUUGUGAUGCUACACAGUUGUUCCGAUCUCUGUCACCAAAUUGUCCUCCUGCAGGUACACCAGAAGGAGAUCAAGGCCGAGAAAGGAUCUCCGCUGAUGUCACCACCGACAAUGAAGGAGGAGAUGUAGAGCGCAAUUGGAGCUUCGCCUGGCGUUCCACCGUUUUAGAGCUCCAUUGCGAAACGACCAGUGCACAACCGAGCGCAAAAGUCAAUAAAAGGAAGGCCGGAAGGAAUCCGAAGGGAGUAGGUCAGGAACAGAAUGUCAUGCUCGGCAACACCAUUGGAGACACAUGGAGUGUUCGACUGGUGAAAUGGAGGAACCACAUCUUCAUUGAGCACGGAUGGGAUGCAUUCGCGGAGGCCAACAACAUUGCGGAAGACCUUGAUAUGUUUCAGGACGACAGGGAAGAGAAUGGGAGGAUGCCUUUGGCGAUCAGGUGGAGCUUUCUUGGUGACUCACCAGAAUGA